GGCGGAUGUUCUGACUCAGCGCAUUUAACAUCAUGAUUCAGCGGGGAUACCUGACAGGGGCCCUAAAGCCCAACUUUAGUCCACAUUUGACCCACGGGUCAUUGUGCUGAUCGGAUGCACUAUGAAUCCCCUGCCCGCUUACACAUCAGCCACGCCUCCCCUCAUUGGUGUACCUCGGGCACAUUUCAGCCCUGAGACCUUGCGAGGUCCAUAUUGCGAGCAGGCCUGGCCAGAUGCUCCAGCACAUCUUUCCUACCGAUCCCCGGUACCCGAAUGGGGCCCGGCAGAGGUCGAUUGACUUUCCGUUGAUGAUUGUAAGUCGAUCCCUGGCCGAUGUCCUCUGAGGCAAAAUGCAUGGCUGUCAUAUAAGAAUGGGGCUGCGAUGGCCCUCCUCAAGGGUAACCUUAUCGCAUAUUCAUCCCUUACAUGCCUCUUUUCUGCCCUCUAUCCGUGUCCUAGAUGGCUCCCAAUCACAUGGGCCCAUGGCCCCAGGAUGAGGACCACCUUCUUCGCCAAAAUACGCCAAACACCCUAGCCAGUCAGAAUGCCGACGACACGGUCACCCCCUCUGUGGACUUGAUCGGCCCUGAGGAGAGGCAGACCCUCGUGCGCAUCGCCACUGCAGAGUCCAUGAGGCGACGCUCCAGCGUCUAUACUCAGCAUACUGCUACGGGGAAGCGCGAUACCCUGGAUACGAUUCGUGAGGACGAUCCUCGUCUGGAUCCCCAGACGGACAAGUUCGAUCUGGGGAAAUGGCUGGCCUUUCGCCUCCAGGAGUUUCAUCGCGAUGGUUCUCGGACAAUUCGACCGGGAAUUGUGUUCAAAAACCUCACGAUUUCAGGCACUGGAGCGGCGGUCCGGUUUCAAGAUACCGUGGCAUCGACCCUCUCGGCCCCUCUUCAGAUCGGCGACCUUCUUCGCAACCGUCACUCCCCACCAAAGCGCAUCCUGAAUGAGUUCAAUGGGCUUAUGAAAAGUGGAGAGCUUCUUCUGGUUCUUGGUCGCCCAGGAGCAGGCUGCAGUACUUUUUUGAAGUCUCUGUGUGGGCAGCUUGAUGGAUUGACGGUUGAUGACAGCAGCGUGAUCCAUUAUAAUGGUAUCCCCCAGCACCAGAUGAUCAAGGAGUUUAAAGGUGAAGUCGUGUACAAUCAAGAGGUGGACAAACACUUCCCUCACCUCACCGUGGGCCAGACCCUCGAAUUUGCCGCCGCCAUGCGCACCCCACAAAACCGCAUGAGGGACAUGUCUCGAGACGAAUACGCCCAGUACCUCACCAAGGUCGUAAUGGCUAUCUUCGGGCUGAGCCACACUUACAAUACCAAGGUUGGGAAUGAGUUCAUCCGGGGUGUCUCCGGUGGAGAGCGCAAGCGCGUGAGUAUCGCCGAGAUGGCCCUGGCUGCAUCUCCCCUGGCCGCUUGGGAUAACUCGACCCGCGGCCUCGACUCCGCGACAGCGCUGAAAUUUGUCGAGGCCCUCCGACUGCUUGCCGAUCUGACGGGCUCCGCCCAUGCGAUUGCGAUCUACCAAGCGAGUCAGAGCAUAUACGAUAUCUUUGACAAAGUGACUGUGCUCUACGAGGGCCGUCAGAUCUACUUUGGGCCAACCUCAGAGGCCAAAGCCUUUUUUGAGAGGCAGGGCUGGGAAUGCCCCUCAAGACAAACCACAGGAGACUUUCUGACGUCGGUCACCAAUUCUCAGGAGCGUCGCGCACGAGCUGGAAUGGAAAACCGGGUUCCCCGGACCCCCGACGAUUUCGAGGCCUAUUGGCGCCAGUCGCCCGAGUAUCAAAAGGUGCUGGCCGACAUCGCUUCCUAUGAACAACAAUAUCCUUUGCAUGGGGACAAGCUGACCGACACCGAGUUCCAUCAGCGCAAGCGGGCUGCCCAGGCCAACCACACUCGGCCAGAAUCACCGUUCUUGUUGAGCGUUCCCAUGCAGGUGAGGUUGAACACGAGGCGCGCAUAUCAGCGGCUGUGGAAUGACAUCCAGACCACCAUAUCCAACGUCUCCGGACAGAUCAUCAUGGCCCUGAUUAUCGGCUCGGUUUACUACAAUUCUCCCUCUGAUACGGCCUCCUUUACUGCCAAAGGAGCAGCCCUCUUCUUUGCCGUCCUUCUGAAUGCCCUGGGAGCCAUGUCUGAGAUUAAUUUGCUUUACUCCCAGCGACCGAUUGUGGAAAAGCAAGCAUCCUAUGCAUUCUACCAUCCAGCCACGGAAGCCAUUGCGGGGAUUGUCAGCGAUAUACCCGUGAAAUUUGCUCUUGCGGUUGCAUUCAACCUCAUCCUCUACUUCAUGGUCAAUUUGCGACGGGAGCCGGCCCAGUUCUUCCUUUACUUCUUGAUCUCGUUUAUUAUCAUGUUUGUCAUGAGCGCGGUCUUCCGCACCAUGGCCGCUAUAACCAAAACUGUCUCCCAAGCCAUGACCUUGGGUGGAGUUCUGAUUCUGGCCCUCGUGGUCUAUACCGGCUUUAUGCUCCCUGUACCCUCCAUGCAUCCCUGGCUGGGAUGGAUUCAUUACAUUAAUCCGAUCUAUUAUGCGUUUGAGAUUCUAAUCGCCAACGAGUUCCAUGGUCGCGACUUCCCAUGCUCCUCCUUCAUCCCAUCUUACGCGGACAUGAAUGGCUCUUCCUUUAUUUGUUCCACAACGGGAUCGACUGCCGGUAGUAAGUUCGUGAGCGGCGACCAGUAUAUCGCCGUCAAUUUUCGAUACCACUAUAGCCACGUGUGGCGCAACUUUGGGAUCCUCAUCGCUUUCUUGAUUGGAUUCAUGGCCAUCUACUUUGUUGCAACGGAAUUGAACUCGUCCACCACCAGUACCGCCGAGGUUCUGGUCUUCCACCGCAGCCAGAAACGAGCCUUGCUUGCUAAUAGCUCGACAUCAUCGGAUAUUGAGAAUGGGAUCGAACUCAAUGCAGUCAAGCCCACUGCGGCAGGUGACAAACCAGGGGAUCUUGCGGCCCUAGCCCCUCAACAAGAUAUUUUCACCUGGCGAGACGUCUGUUAUGAUGUUGACAUCAAGGGUGAGACCAGACGGCUGCUGGAUCAUGUAUCGGGAUGGGUCAAGCCAGGCACUCUCACAGCUCUCAUGGGCGUCAGUGGAGCGGGAAAGACGACGCUUCUCGAUGUUUUAGCCCAUCGGACAACCAUGGGGGUGAUUACGGGGGAUAUGUUUGUCAACGGCCGGGGUCUAGAUGCUAGCUUUCAGAGGAAAACUGGAUACGUCCAGCAACAGGAUCUCCACCUUGAAACGGCAACAGUGCGCGAGUCUUUGCAGUUCAGCGCCCUCCUCCGCCAGCCUCCUUCCGUCUCACUCAAGGAAAAGUAUGAUUACGUCGAAGAAGUCAUCUCCAUGCUCAAAAUGGAGGACUUUGCUGAAGCCGUUGUCGGUGUUCCUGGGGAAGGAUUGAACGUUGAGCAACGCAAGCUGUUAACAAUCGGCGUGGAACUGGCUGCAAAGCCGAAGCUCCUCCUCUUCCUGGAUGAGCCCACGAGUGGUCUGGAUUCCCAGAGUUCGUGGGCCAUCUGCGCCUUCCUGCGCCGCUUGGCCGACAACGGCCAAGCCGUCCUCUGCACCAUCCAUCAGCCCAGUGCCGUUCUCUUCCAGCAAUUCGAUCGCUUGUUGUUCCUUGCCCGUGGUGGCAAGACCGUCUACUUUGGCCCUGUUGGUGAGAACUCUCGCACUUUACUCGACUAUUUCGAAUCCCACGGCGCGCCACGAACCUGCGGCGAGGCCGAGAACCCGGCGGAAUACAUGCUCGAGGUCGUCAACCAUGGUUCGAAUGCACAGGGACAAAAUUGGUUCGACGUCUGGAAGCAGAGCAAUGAGAGCCAGGCGGUCCAGGCGGAGAUCGAUCGCAUUCACGACCAACAGCAACAGAUUCCUGUCGAGAACGAGAGCGAAUGGAGCCACACCGAGUUUGCCAUGCCUUUCUGGUUUCAGCUCUACCAGGUCACCUAUCGGGUCUUCCAGCAGUACUGGCGCUUGCCCUCGUAUGUUCUCGCCAAGUGGGGACUGGGGAUCCUCGGAGGUCUUUUUAUCGGCUUCUCCUUCUUCCACGCCAAGUCCUCCCUUCAGGGCCUGCAGACAGUCAUCUACUCCAUCUUCAUGCUGUGCUCUCUCUUCCCAUCCUUGGUGCAGCAGAUCAUGCCUCUGUUCAUCACCCAACGCGACCUCUACGAAGUCCGCGAACGCCCCAGCAAAGCCUACUCCUGGAAAGCCUUUAUAAUGGCCAACAUCAUCGUCGAAAUCCCCUACCAGAUCAUCCUGGGCGUUCUCGUCUUCGCCUGCUACUAUUUCCCCGUGGUGGGGAUCCAGGGCUCUGCCCAACAAGCCACCGUUCUCAUCAUGUGCAUUGAAUUAUUCAUUUAUACCAGCACCUUCGCCCAGAUGGUCAUUGCUGCCCUCCCGGAUACCGUCACCGGAAGUGCCGUCGUCACGCUUUUGUUUUCCAUGUCCCUGACCUUCUGCGGUAUCAUGCAACCGCCCUCCGCGCUCCCGGGGUUCUGGAUCUUCAUGUACCGCGCCUCGCCGUUCACAUAUUGGGCCUCGGCGAUGGUCUCCGUCCAGGUGCACGGGCGUGCGGUUACCUGUUCCGACUCGGAGGUGUCCGUUCUCAGCCCACCCUCGGGGCAGACCUGUGGGCAGUAUUUGACUCAAUACGCCGAGCUUACGGGAGGGAACUUGCUCAACCCGAAUGCCACGACGGACUGCAAGUACUGCGCUGUGAGCACCGCCGACCAGUUUAUCACCGCUACAGGCAUCGAAUAUAGCCAGCACUGGCGCAAUUUCGGGAUCUUCUGGGUGUACGUCGUGGUGCAGGUUGCUGCGACUGCAGCGUUUUAUUACCUCUUCCGUGUGAAGAAUUGGAAAACGGACGGAUUGAAGAAGAAGCAGAAGAAGGCUGCGAGCUCUUGAUUAUACAUGAUCUGCUUGAGCGAUACCGUUGUUUCGCAUUUGGUCGGACAAUCUACCUCAUUCCACUUUUCGGUGGCCAAGAGGUAUUUCCCACCGACUGGUUUCCUGUUCCAAUACCCUUUCAUUUCAUCGUUCACUUCUGUGAACUUAUGUUCACAUUAUCUUCUAUUCUUCUUCCUUUCUUCGAUCGACAUUCUAGACCAUAGACUGAUCCUACAUAAUAACACAUUUAUACAUUUAUCUAGUCUUACUCCACCAUCCCUUAUCUCACUGCCCAUAACAUAUACAUCUUGUCAAAUAGAAGAUCCUCACCUUCAUGUACAGCCAGCUAUGCCCCUACCACAAACUGAUCAACCAGUUACAUACCCCAAUCUCCGUGUAGUAUCACACACCCUCUAAUCUGUAACUUGCCCCUUCCAACUCCCCAUAUCCC